AUGGCGUCUACAUGCAUAUCCACAUCACGCAUGCUGCGGCCAAGCCUGGCAUCGUCCCACGCUGAUGCCGUCCUCUCGUUCCUCGUCCCGUCGAUACGAUGCGCCCGGUUCUCGACAUCGCCAACCCUGCUGAAAAAAGACAACAACAGCAGCCGCGGUGUUUCUGCUGUCAGACAGACUGGCCUCCGUCCAAGACAGACGCUCUCUGUCAGGCACAAGGACUUUGCGAACCAGCAGCUGCCUACGCCCGUGAAGAUCGAGGAGAAGCCAACAGGGACCCACGACCACGGGCUCUGGGACUUCUUCAAGGACCAGAAGCUGCUCUCCACGCCCGAAGACCUUUCGCAGCAUGGCCGAGAAUGGACCAUGGGAGAGCUCCGCAGCAAGGACUGGGACUCGCUCCACCAGCUGUGGUGGGUGUGCGUAAAGGAGCGCAACCGUCUUGCGACCGAAAAGCUCGAGCGUGCACGUAUGAAGGCUCUCUACGGCGAUUUCGAGGGCAAGGCGAGGGACGAGGUCGUGCAGAAGACAAUGAAGGCCAUUGUCGACACGCUGGCCGAGCGAACACAAGCCUACCAGGAGGCGCUUGCACUCGCGAGUAGCGACCCAUCCAUCGAUCUCAGCAGGACAGAUGGGCCGCAGUACACUCAGUUGCCUUAUGACCCAUUAGAACCAGAGGCAUUCGAAGACGAAGAAGCACCGGCUGCUGACAUGGCCAAAGACAGCACAAGUCAACCGAACGAGAAGCUCAGCGCAGCCUAA